GCAGCAUGUGGCACUACCGGAGAAAGUAGGAAAAACAAACGUAGUAGAGCAGGAUUGGAAAACCCAAACCCACAACGACGGUGGCCAGGGAAAAAUGCCAAAAAACCUGGUGGAAAAGUUCCUGACCAUUCUGUUGAGACGCAAGGAGUGCUAGGAUCAAGUGUUUGUCCAUCAAGAUGAUGUCCGAAUACUGGAUUAUCUCGGCCCCUGGCGACAAGACCUGCCAGCAGACGUACGACACGAUGAACAACCUGACCAGCAAGCAACACAACCUGUGCAAUAACUACAAGUUCCAUAUACCAGACCUCAAAGUCGGCACCCUGGACCAACUGGUGGGCCUCUCCGAUGAUCUGGGCAAGCUGGACACCUAUGUGGAGCAGAUCACCCGCAAGGUGGCCAACUACCUGGGCGAGGUGCUGGAGGAUCAGCGGGACAAGCUCCACGAGAACCUGAUGGCCAACAACAGUCCUGGGCCACCCGACGACAGCAUGCCGUGUCGCCACCACCAGCGCAUCAAGCAUCUCAGCCUGCGACACCAGCGAAAACACCAGCACACGCACCACCAAAACAAACCCCAACACUACCAUCACCACCACCACCAUCACCACCAGCUGCCGCAGGAUCUCAAGGCCGAACUGCCGCAGUACUUGACCCGCUUCCAAUGGGAUAUGGCCAAGUACCCGAUCAAGCAGUCGCUGCGCAACAUCGCCGACAUUAUCUCCAAGCAGAUCGGCCAGAUCGAUGGCGAUCUGAAGACCAAGUCCCAGGCCUACAACAACCUCAAGGGAAAUCUGCAGAACCUGGAAAAGAAGAAGACUGGCAGCUUGCUGACCAGGAACCUGGCUGACUUGGUCAAGAAGGAGCACUUCAUCCUGGAUUCGGAAUACCUGACCACCCUGCUGGUCAUUGUACCCAAGGUCAUGGCCAAUGACUGGUUGACCAACUACGAGAAGAUCACCGACAUGAUCGUGCCCCGCUCCUCGCAGCUCAUCCAGGAGGACAGCGACUACUGCCUCUUCAACGUGACGCUCUUCAAGAAGGUGGCCGAGGAGUUCAAGCUCCAUGCCCGCGAACGCAAGUUCAUUGUGCGUGACUUUGUCUACAACGAGGAGGAGCUGGCCGCCGGCAAGAACGAGAUGACCAAGCUGAUGACGGACAAGAAGAAGCAGUUUGGUCCCCUGGUUCGCUGGCUGAAGGUGAACUUCAGCGAGGCUUUCUGCGCCCUGAUCCAUGUGAAGGCCCUGCGUGUGUUUGUGGAAUCCGUGCUGAGAUACGGCCUGCCCGUCAACUUCCAGGCCAUCCUGAUCGAACCCAACAAGAAGAGCGUGAAGCGUCUGCGCGAUGUGCUCAACCAGCUGUACGGUCACCUGGAUGGUGCCUCCGCCGGCGGUGCUGUCAGCAGUGCUGAUAACGUGGACAUCCCCGGCCUGGGCUUUGGCCAGUCCGAGUACUUCCCCUAUGUGUUCUACAAGGUCAACAUCGAUAUGGUGGAGCAGGCCAAGGUCUAAGAUCGCCCGCCGUCCCCAACAUUGCAUACAUCCAGCCACACAAAAUACACUUUAAUACAAAAACCAAUCAACUUAAAAUCAGCUGAACCAUUCGCAGACAUCUAAUGAAACAAAAUUAAUAGAUUACUUUAAAUAAUUUUAGUCAUUGUUAUCUAAUUAUUGUUGUUAUUUAUGUUGCGCGCUGCCGAAUAUCUGUUUCAAAUCAACUUCCGGUUCGAGAAAUCGAGACGCGCGUCAACCAACCGAAAAAAAAGAGAUCGUUUACAGUCAUCCCAGAUCUUGUAGAACUUCCCCGAUUGUUCUUUGUUCCCCCUUCAGUUCGCUAAACAGUAUUUUAUGUUUUUCUUAUGCCCUACUAUGAUUAUGAUAUGAUAUGAUGAAUGAACAGAGUGUUUGACCCGUAGCCAAAUUUACACACAUUGUCGCUUGAAGCCCCGGCUUUAAUUCUCCCUUUUCGUUUGUUUUUUGGUAGCUAUACAAUAAACAUUUGAGUUACAUUUUGUUUUUACAAACAUUUCGUCUCGUUUCGUGCUUGUCUUGUGCUCCACUUGGUAUCUGUAUCCGUGACUAACAUCCAACAUACAAAAAACAUGCCCAAAUAAAUUUAAGCCCAAAAAUGGUGUCGCAAAUCGCAAAAAAACAGAACGUUUCCCCAACGGAACUACUUAAUUGCGCUAACAAAUUUCCGAAGCAAUGGUACGUUUCCAGUAAAGACAAACUAUUAACUAACGGAAGUAUUGUAUUUAUAAAUGUUGCCUAGAUAUCGAAAGUCUAUAAACAAAAAUUCUGCGCGCUGUUUGCAUACGAACUACUAAUCGCUGAGGAAAACCGCUCGAGCACUUCGUGGUUCUGUCUGUCUUGUUUAACCCCGCGUGUGCGUUAACCCACUAAAAAA